GAGGGAGGGGGUGGGCGGGUUGGCGUUCUCGAUCGGGUUCGGGUAAUUGAUCGAGGCCGAGAAAUCCCCAGCUGGGUUUCGCUUGUUUCUCCGAGCUGGAUAAUGGGUCGAAGGGUUCUUGUUGUUCAGGAGAGAGAGCUUUCGGUUCUUGAGCAGCUUGUUUGAUUUUUCUUUUUUUUUUAGUUUUUUUUUUCUUUUUUGCUUUUUUUUUUUUUGGGCCCCCUGAUGAUUACCGCGAGAAACAGAGAUGCAAGAAAAAGUUUAGCUCUAGGAUCUUUUGGAGGAGACAGAAAGAUGGAGGAUACAGAGCUCGAGGAGGGCGAGGCUUAUUCUUACCAUGACAACGAUCGUGGUUUUGAUGACGGCACGGACCCUGAUGUUUCUCUAUCUUACAUUGGGGAGAAACUUCAGCAUGUGCUCGGACACUUCCGUAAAGAUUUUGAAGGAGGGGUAUCAGCUGAGAACUUGGGGGCAAAAUUUGGUGGUUACGGUUCGUUUUUACCAGCUGACCGGCGGUCUCCUGUUUGGUCCCAUUCAAAAUCUCCACCAAGAGGUCAGAAUUAUGAUACACCACGGUCGACGCGUGCAUCGAAUGUGGAGGAUUUGCACCAUGAUUCUUCAGUUUCCUUGCCCACCACCCAUACGAAUAGAGAUCGAUCUGUUUCUGCUGUUACCAUAUCACACCCUUCAAGGAAGAAAACGAAUGUGGAAAAUUCAGUUAAGCAAGAUGGGUGCAUGCCACCUCUCCGGGCUGUAGAGUAUACUGACAGUAAGUCUGCCAAUUUGUCUGAUCAGAAAACGCUGAAGGUUAGAAUCAAAGUGGGUGCGGAUAACUUGUCGACACAGAAAAGGGCUGCGAUUUACAGUGGUCUUGGCCUUGAUGUCUCACCGACCUCAUCAUUGGAGGACAGCCCCUCUGAAAGUGAGGGAAUGAGUCAUGGACCCCAUGACACGUCAUUUGAGUCUCCCACCAGUAUUUUAAGGAUGAUGACUUCGUAUCCGGUGCAUGGAAAUUUGCUGCUGUCGCCACUUGCGGACGAUCUUGUUUUGUUAACCAUGAAAGAGAAGCAUCUAUCUGAUCAUAGGACUGGGCCUGCUUUGAGUGCUGAUCCAGCAAGCUCUGGCAUGCGGGCAAAUGGAAUUAAUUGUCUGAAGGAUCGGAAAAAGGUGAUCGGCAAAAAGAAAUUGGAGUCAUUAAGAAAUACUGAGGAUUUGAAGGAGGAAAAAGGCGGUAAGGACUCUCGGAGCAGUGCUGAUACUGCACCCAAGAAGGAAUUGGACAUUGACAUGCUGGUAUGUGAGGAACUAGUUUCGAAGACUUUGAAGCUUCCAAUCUUAUCUAACAUAGGCACUCCGGGUGACAUGGUGAAAAGCACAUGGGGGGAAUCUUAUGGUGCCCAUGAAGCGAGCACUGUAGCAUUGGACAAUAUCCUUUCCGAUCAAGCUGCAGAAGAAACUACACAACCACCGUUUAGUCAAGAACUGGGUUCGCUUGACAAGCCCAAGGCCCGUGGUGCUGGGAAACUUGCUAGAGAUAAAAGAGGAACUGCCAUUGAUGAUAUUGCCGUUCACUCCAGGAAAGAAGGCAUUAGUGCAGAAGAAAAUUUUCGGGAAUCAAAACCUGACUUAUGUAUUCUGAGGGGAAAGAAUGGUUCAGCUGAACGAGUGGUUCAGACGGAUAGUCUUUGCGAAAUUACUGCUAAAAAAGGUUCUUAUAUGGACAAAGAUGGGUUGACUUUGCCUUCUGGAAAGGAUAAUCCACCUUCUAACGGGAAAGAAAAAGUGAAAGUUAAAAAUGAAGGUGCAGCAGUUGCUGAUGCAUCCAAAGAGAGCUUGAGUGGUUCAACUUCUGUGACCAAGAAUAACAAGAGCCAUAGUACAGGCAAUUCUAAGUCUAGAAGUGGUCGUGAGGACGCUAAAUUGGCCAAAAAACCCGGAAAAGGAAGGGAGAGAUACAAAGAAUUCUUUGGGGAUAUAGAUGGAGAAGAAGAAAGUCAAAAUCAGCUGAUGAAAAUGGCCCCUGAAGAAAGGCGGAAGGACUCUAGUGCGGUUGAGAAAGGCAUAUCAGAAUAUGACGUGAAAAAGGAGAGAUUAAGUAGCAAGAGAACUGACAUGGUGUCCACAUCAGAAGCAGAUUAUAAUGCAACUUCACAUUUAGGUUCUGGCUCCGGAAAUAACCCUACUGUUGAUGCGGCUCCUUCUACUGCAGCUCCUGUCCUAAUAGAAGAAAACUGGGUGGGUUGCGAUAAGUGCCGAAAAUGGCGGCUUCUACCAUUCGGAAAAAAUCCCCAUGACCUGCCUGAGAAGUGGGUCUGUAGCAUGCUUGAUUGGCUGUCUGGCAUGAACCGAUGUGUUGUAAGCGAGGAGGAAACUACAAGAGCAAUAUAUGAAAUGUUCCAUGUUCCCGUUCCUGAUGCUCAAAAAAGCGCACCUAUUACUUCUGACGUGAUGGGCAUAAACUUUGCUUCCUACCAGGAUUCGAAUAAGAAUUUGGGAAGUUGUAGUCCUCAAGCUCUAUCUCUAUCUUCUGUUGAAAAGAAGAAACAUGGAAUAAAAAAGCCAUCUUUUCCAAGGAACAAAGAUGGUCCUGCUCAAACUUCAGACUCCGAGAAAAAGCUCAUCGCAUCAUCUAAUAGUAGAAGCUUAAAUGAUGUAAACAGGACUUCUCUGGAGAAUGAAGCUGAUGUUUGGCGGAUAAGUAAGAGUCAUGACCUAGAAGCAGAAAAACACAGCCGUAAGCAUAAAAUACGCGAGCGACAUUCCAGUGGAGGUGAUGGGAAUCAUCUGAAGUCCAGUAGAAAGAGGGAAACCGAACCAGAUUACCUUAAUUCUUCAAAGAAAGUCAAGAAUGAAGGAGUGUCGCACGCUAAAGAAGAUUGGAGGUCAGACGAUGGUAGUUUUACAAGGAAGGUUGGUCAUAGCUCUAGUAGUGGAUCUCCUGCUUUUGUGGGGAAAAGUCAGCAAUUGGAUGAUCAAACUUCUUUGAAGGUUUCAAAACCCAACACAGCUGAGAUAAUUCAAGUCUCUGCCAAGUAUCCAAGAGACAAAGUGCGGGAUUCUUCAGACAGUGGGUGCUUUGAAGCUGGGAAUUCCAAUGAAGGAGAGCUAGCUACGAAAAAGAGGAAGAAAAGGGAUAUUCAUGGUUCCCAGACUGGUUCAGAAUCUCUACCAAUUAUGGAUUAUGAACAUCAUGACAGUGAGCUUCCAGUCAGAGAGAUCGAUCGCGAGAAAGAAAAAAAGCCUAAAACUUCCAGAUCUGAAGGAAAAGAAUCUGAUCUAUGCAAGGGAAGCAGUAGAUCUGACAAAGGGGGCAGUAAGAUGAGGAACCAGCAACUUGAACAUGAUCUGGCUGGUGUGGACACAGAUCCUGUGAAAAAGAAAGCAAAAUCUUCACAACCUGUUGCGGCCACGUCAAGCUCUUCUAAGGUUUGUGGUUCCCGUAAAAGCAGAGGAAGUCUCCAGGAUACAAGAGGCUCUCCAGCAGAAUCAGUUUCUUCAUCUCCUAUAAGAAGUUCAAAGUCUGGCAAGCUUGCGUCAGUGACUAGAAAGCUCAAGGAGAAGUAUGAUUCUCAAGAUGCCACUUUGCCUCCCAUCGGUAGCCCGAGAAGGUGCUCUGAUGUUGAAAAUGGAGGUGAAAGCUAUGCCAUUCGAAAUGAUUUUUCUGCUGGCAAUGCAAAAAUACAGUCUCUGCAUUCUCCAGAAGUCACUGAUCACAAAAUUAUUAAAGAUGGAGUUGAUUAUGGUCAAGAUACUCCUUGUCCAAGUAAAAAACAGGAUUCGGACCAGUGGAGUAAUGAAAGAGAGAAUGGGGACUUGUAUCCUGCUAGUGGGUCUCAUUCUCAGAAAUCUGGAAGGGACUCUUCUUCACGAGUCAAGGACAAAAACAGGAGUUCCAAAUACCGAAGUGAUGCUGAGACUACUGAGAUCUCUUUUGAUGACUGCCAAGAGACUGUGUCUUUAAAGGAAGCAAAGUUCAGGGAUUACAAUAUAGAUCUUCAGGAGAAUGAGCAUAAAGAGCUCAAGAAGAAGGAUUCUGCUGGGGAAUCAAGAGGGAGGACCUCAAGAGGAAGUCAAUCGAAUCUGAGAGGGCACGAGGAUCGAGAUGUGAAAUUAGAUGGUGGGCAUACGCAGGAUGUGCCUUUUAAUUCAAAUUGGGAUGAAGAAAAAUCAUCCACAGGGUUAGCUUCUUAUAAAGCUGAUCAAGCAGGGAAUUUAUCUCAAAGAGGGAAGCCACUUCCAGUACCACCAUCAGGAGCAGGUCAUACUGAGAUGAUGAGAUCUCGCUCUGCAGUUGUUCCAGUGCCACUUAAGGGAAGUGAAGCAGGAGUUGCAAAAGCAGAUGCCGUUGAAGGUAAUGGUGCAUCAAAGGCGCAGAUGAAAAUGGCCGAGGCAGAAAAGGAAAAUGGUAGUCAGCAUCAGAGUUCGAGACAUCUCACCUCCAAUGGAAAUGGUGUUCGUCAUAUCGAUGCCCAGAGUCCAGUUAGAAGAGAUUUGUCAAGCCAGGCUGCAACAAAGGCUUUGAAAGAGGCGAAAGAUUUGAAACAUCUUGCUGAUCGUCUUAAGUCCUCUGGAGAAAGAACUGGUCUUUACUUCCAGGCAGCCCUCAAGUUUCUUCAUGGAGCCUCUUUGUUGGAAUCUAGCAAGAGUGACAGUACGAAGCAUGGAGAGAUGAUUCAGUCAGUACAAAUAUAUGGCAGCACGGCAAAAUUGUGCGAGUUUUGUGCCCAUGAAUACGAGAAGUCUAAAGAUAUGGCCUCUGCUGCUUUGGCCUACAAAUGCAUGGAAGUAGCAUAUUUGAAAGUAGUUUAUUCAUCCAACUCUACUGCAAGCAGAGAUCGGCUUGAGUUGCUGCCAGCAUUCAAAUUAAAUCCUCCAGGCGAGUCUCCUUCUUCUUCUGCAUCAGAUGUAGAUAAUGUGAACAACUCAGCAACAGCAGAUAAAGUUGCCCAGCCCAAGGGUGUGAGCUCUCCUCAAGUUCUUGGAAAUAACUUUAUUUCCGUGCGGACCAGGCCUAACUUUACGCGGUUACUCAAUUUUGCGCAGGAUGUAAACAAUGCAAUGGAGGCUUCUAGAAAAUCACGCGUUGCUUUUAGUGCUGCUAAAGCUGCAGCAGGGGAUGCUCAGUCCAAGGACGGUAUUUUGGGCAUUAAGAAGGCUCUUGAUUUUAACUUCCAAGAUGUAGAGGGACUGCUGGGGCUCGUACGCCUCGCAACGGAGGCUAUAAGCCGAUAAAAGGAGUCAGUAAUUGUGGAAAUGAUUUCAAAAUUAUGAGGACACGCCGCUUGGUUCUUGUAUCAAUUGGUGUUGAGCUUGAGGGGAAUGAAAAGGAGGCCGGCCUUCGAUCCAGUUCCUGAACUAAAUGGUUAAAUCUGCACAAAGCAUGCCACUGUUCAGUGACCUCCCUUAAAUUCCAAGAUAUGGACGCGCAGAAUGUACGGAUUAAUGGUUCUUAAUGCAUGUGCUGCUCCUCACCUGAUUGUCAGUGGUGAAGAAUCCGGUAUUGUCAUCUAGAGGUGCAUUGAGGAUUUAUCGGUGAUUUUGAAGGUUCAUAUCAGAGUCACAAUUGAUGAAGCAUCAUUAGUAUGCGUAUACAUAGUUUUGCGGGAAUAAGCUUUCAGCCUGCCGAUUUAUCAUGGUUAAAUAAAGCAACUCAAGUUCGAGAAGCUGCCGGCAUGUAUAUAAUGUCUCUGUACAGACUAUUUCCAGCACGCAAUUCCUUACCCGUGUAUUAACUAAACAUAGACAACUGCAUUUUUUUUGGUCACUUCUGGACUUUUCAGUACAGUAUGAGCAAUUUUCACCAAUUGUUGAUAUCAAUAAGAUGAAUAAAGAGAAGGCGAGAUCUCUAUGUUGUGUCAAGAGAUUGUACAGUAACUGUGAAUGCAAAGCUCCCAUUCUCCCCUCCUAGUUGUACUAUUGGGAGCAGAGUCUCAUGCAAAGGAACAUCUUUAGCUGAAGAGGGAGGAAACUGUUAAAUAGGUAUUUGUCCAAACAUUCUAAUUCUUUGAGGAGCCACAAUGAGAAGCGAGAUCUUUGGGGAGGCUGUUGGGUGAACUAUUCUCUCCCCAAUUUGUAAGACAAGUUAACUUUAUGAUAGGUAUGAUGUACACAUAGUUGUAACCACGUCUCUUUGAUGGCAACAUAGUUUUUCAUUUGAUUGGUCUGGCAUCUGUAAACAGUAGAAACAGAUAUGGGAAGUUCUCUAUUUAACCAAUUCAAGAAUGUGAUGUCUUGAUUA